AACGGAGAAUGAAAUAACUGGAAAACCAUGUGAUCUCCUUUUUUGGAUCAGUAUUCCCUACAAUGUUAUUUUCCCAGACAGACUUCCUCCAGACAAUAAUUAUGAAGAUGGCUACUUUUCAUAUCCUUCCCGACUGGAUAAAUUUGUCUUUGAAAUAAAGUGUAUCUAUGACUCAAGAGCAGGCCGAGUGGGAAGAAGAGAACUGGGCCGAGACUUCGCCAGCUGCACAAGGCUCUUAAAAAUGUCGAUGUUGACAAAAUUAAAGUUGAAUUUGGAACUAUCCGAGCCCAAUGUUGUUGGAAAUCUCUUGAUUCGAACAUUCUCUCGAACAUUCUCAUUAGAGACAAAUGAUAGACAUUUAUGUAAAAUUUUAAUUCCGCUAACAGAAUUGUAG